AUGGGGUUGUCAAAUUUUGUUAUUUUUCUUUUCUUUAUUUUUAAUUUAUUUAAUUUAACAUUUUGCGUGGAACCUAAAAAUAAUGGAGGUUCAUCAAAUACUCGACCAAAUUCUCUAACAAUUUUUCAAGAAAAGAAUGUGGAUGUUCCUCCUGGUUUUGCUCCACGUCCUGAAAACUCUCCUCCACAAAGUUUGUUAUUAAUUAAUUAAACCAAUAAAUAAUAUUAUAAUUAAAAGUUUUAUAAUGUAAAUUAGGGGUGUACUCCAAACGCCUGGGGGUGGAUGUGUCGGAGUACGGGGUUUAAAAUUGUUCCAUGGCGAGGAGCAAAAUGGUCGAGGUACGGGUAGGGGUAUGAGGUUUUAAGGAAAAAAUUUUUAAAAAUAAAAUGUUGCGAAAAUAAUUCGUCUGAUAACUAAACCCUAAAGCACAAUUAUAGUGAAAACAUCCGAAUGAAACAUCA